UAACAAUUGUCGGUAGCGGCGAUUUCGCACUCGGCUCUGGCAACUGUACCUCGCGAUUUCUCAAAAAGCACCAACGUUUUAGGUGUCGUGCGUAACAUAUUAAACAUGGCGUUGUUCGCUAAAUACUUGAGGAUCGGCAGUACUGUUAAGCACGGAAUUCAAGCAUUUCCACAGUUAUCAGCAGCUAAAUAUAGUGUAUAUCCGCCACAUUUUUCUGAACCAAUCUAUAAAAAACAAGACUUAGAUAAGAUUUAUGAAUCUGGUGAGAUUGAGAAUUACAAACUAAUUCCAUAUAAAGCAGCUAGAAGUAAUGAAACUUGUUCAGUAUUCCAUGAUCCCAUAGUUGCAAAAUUUAUAAACUACAUGCUUAAAAAAGGACAAAAAAAAUUAGCCAGGGGAGUUUUAGAAAAAACCUUUGAAAAAAUAAAAAAGAUACAGCUAGAGAAGUAUAAUAGAGAAACUGAUCCUGAGAAAAAAGCUUCAAUAAUUAUAGAUCCUGUAGUUAUACUGAAAAAAGCAGUUGCUAACUGCAAACCACUUUUGAAAUUAACUGCAGUAAAACGAGGAGGAUCUUUUUACCAGGUUCCAGUUCCAAUAACAGAUAAAGAAUCUACAUUUUAUGCAAUGAGAUGGUUUGUACAUUGUGGACGCGAAAAAGAUAAAUCCAUUAGUUUUCCUGACUUUAUGGCCAGUGAAUUAAUCAACGCAUCUAAUAAUGAUGGAAAAGUUGUGAAAAAGAAACUGGAUUUGCAUAAACAAUGUGAAGCAAACAGAGCAUACGCUCACUACCGUUUUAGUUAAUUCUUAAACAUGUUAUACAGUAAUUAAUUAGAAAUAAGUUAUGAAAUUAAUAUUUUUGAAAUGUAAAUUGUACGAUUAAAUUUGUUCUUUAUGUUA